AUGAAUAAUCAAUGAUGUCUUGCCAACCUACCACCCCUUUUUACAAUGGACAUGAACAACUUAGUUCUUUCGGAAAAUACUCCAGUAGAUUCUGUGAUAUACACGUUACAAGGAACUGAUCCUGAAAACAGUCCGGUCCAUUACGGAAUCAGCGGUACAGAUACAUUGAAUGUCAAUUCAACGACUGGAGAGGUGACAGUGGUCAAACCGCUGGAUUAUGAGAAAAACAACACACUUAACAUAAUUGUCAGCAUCGAAGAUGAAGUGGAAGGCGGAGGGAAAAACAAUAUCGUGGAAGUUCCAAUAACAGUCAUUAUAUCCGACGAAAAUGAUAACCCUCCGGAAUUCAUCGAGGCGCCCUACGAAAUCACCGUUAACGAAGAUACGUUGCCGGGAGCGAAAGUGUUUUCGCAAAUUAUGGUGGUAGAUAAGGACACUACAGGUUCCAAUAUAGAGGUGGAGUGUGUUAAUUCACCGACUGAUCCCGAUACAUGCGAUGUCUUUAAUAUCGAAACGAUCACUUCGGAACAGAAUUCGUACACGGGAGCCAUCACGCUCAUGAAGAAACUGGACUACAACACUAAGAGCAGUUACCAUUUUAUGCUAAAAGCCUCGGAUGGAGAAUUGACAAGUACCACGAAUGUUAAUGUCAACGUCGGCGAUGUUCAAGAUACUCCUCCAUAUUUCGUUGAUCCCAUGGACUAUUUUAUUUUGGAUUCGAUAAGCGGGGAACUUAGAACAGCGAGACCAAUUGAUAAGGAAUCGGUCGACAACCCUGGGGGUAUUUUAAAAUUUAAUAUAAGGGCCUACGAAGUAGUAAAUGGUAGUAAAAGUAACACCCCUCUAACGGUUUCAACGGCCGAGGCAACCGUUAGAAUAUUAGAUGUCAACGACGAGCCCCCGACAUUUAACAAAAGAGAGUACACAGUGGAAAUUCCAGAAAAUAUUCCAGAAGGUUCUGCUCUGCCAGGACUGGAUAUGACUGUCAACGAUCCAGAUGAGGAUAGUAACUCAGAGUAUUCGCUGGACCUCAUAGAUAUCUCAGAAGUAUUUUCGAUCGAACCAAAGACAGCUUCUGGAUGGACUCCCGUAAACCAUACGACAUAUUCAGCAACGAUUUCGGAAGUAGCUACGCCAGGAACUUUGGUUACCACUAUAACUGCCAGCGACAGAGAUAGCGGAUCGUUCGGAGAAAAUGGAAUAGUUUAUAAGUUGUUUGGCAAUGGAGCUGAUAAAUUUAACGUAAAUAGUAAAACAGGAACUAUAACUGUAGCCGAAUGUGAACACCGAGGAAAAUCUCCGUGCUUGGAUUAUGAAACCAAUCCGGAAUUCCAGCUUCAAUUUAUUGCAGUCGACGAUGACGGCAAAGGGCAGACAUCGACGGUCCCCCUUAAAAUCCAACUAACCGACAGCAACGACAAUCCGCCCGUAUUCAGCCAGUCCAUAUACAGGGCUUUCAUCAACGAGGGCUCGGCCAAAUUUCAGCCUGAAUUAAUAGUGGAAGCGGCCGAUGCUGACAAAACGUCCAGAGUGACGUAUUCGAUAAUUUCGGGAAACGAUGAUGGAUUAUUCAGCGUUGUUCCUACUACUGGAGUGAUUAGAAUUAUGAAUAAUAGAGGACUGGAUAUAAGUAAUGAGACGGACAAUGUUAUUUCGCUAACUGUGAUGGCAAGUGAUGGACAGUACACGUCAACUGCCGUUGUCAAUAUCACAGUACUGGAUGUAAACAAUAAUGCGCCAAUAUUUUCGAGACAUCACUAUGUAGAAAGUGUUUUAGAAGACGUUCCUAUUGGUACAUCUGUGAUGAGGGUACAAGCUACAGAUGCCGAUACUGGUAUAAAUGCCGCCAUAGAGUACUUUAUGCAAAAGGGCGCAUACGAAGAUUUCAAAGUCGACAACGCUUCGGGCGUUAUAUCAGUAGCAAAGAAACUGGACUACGAUAGAAGAAAUACCUACAACAUCGAAUUGGUUGCCUUGGACCACGGAGUUCCUAGUUUAACAGGAACUACAGAAGUUACUAUUACUGUUGUUAUGGAGGAUGCCGCAGUCGGAACUGUCAUCUAUACCUUAAUCGCGCUUGACCCAGACGUCAAUUCUUCUGAUGCUCUAAAUUUUGCCGCUACUGAGCCAAUAACAGCAUUGGACAAGCAUGGACAAGAGGUCAUAGGCAAUGAAAAGUUUAAAGAGUUUUUCUCAGUAGAUAAAUUUACCGGAAAAGUUACGGUUGUGAAACCACUACUUCGAGACUUGGCUGCCGUUAUCAGAAUAACCGUUUUGGUCAGUGAUAUUACUGCUCCGAGUAUACAGCAAGGUCAGGGGUUACUGAUAAUAACUAUAGGUGAUGUCAACGACUCGCCUCCUAUGUUUAUGCCACCAUGGACCAGAGAAAAUCCUAGUUACUACCUGGAAUUAAAAGAAGAACAACCCGUGGGUACUAUAGUAGCAACUUAUAAAGCUAUUGAUGAGGACUCUGAUAUAGCUGGAUAUUUAAUAUAUCCAGAAAGUGACUAUUUCCAAAUUAAUAACGGAACAGGUAUAGUACAAAUAAAAAAGAAGAUCGACUAUGAAAAAAUCAAAAUACUUAAUUUUACAAUCGUCGCAUUUGAUAGUGGAGUACCCCAACUAAAUGCCACUGCCACAGUGUUGGUAAAAGUUAUAAACAUAAAUGAUAACGAUCCGAUAUUUACAGAAAAGGAAUAUAAAGCAGAAAUAGACGAAAACUCCCCUAACGGUACAUUUAUCGUAGCAGUUAGAGCUGUAGAUAAAGACGCUGAAAGCUAUGGCGAAGUUAGCUACUUUUUAACUGGAGAACACAGCAUGAAUUUCGCCAUAGAUAACGAAACAGGAUAUAUCACAGUAGCCAACUCGAAUUUCCUUGACCAUGAAGUCAUCAAUGAAACUGAAAUACAGGUGGUAGCUCAAGAUGGAGCUCCUAGCAAUGUCAAGAGAUCAGUAACUGUUCCGGUUCGGAUUAAAAUUAGAGAUGUGAACGAUAAUGCUCCGAAGUUUGCGCACAAAGAAUAUAAUGUAACUGUUAUGGAGAACGUGCGAUUGAAUCCGCCGCUGCCUUUGGUUCAGGUUAAUGCUACAGAUGAAGAUUCUGGAAUGAAUGGGAAUAUACACUACAGUAUAGUAUCAGGAAAUGACAAUGACAUCUUUCUUCUGGGCGUGGAAACUGGCAUUUUGUACCCUCACAAGUCGUUGUUGGGCCAAACGAGGGAUUUCCAUUUGGCGGUGGUGGCCAGGGAUGGAGGCGGCAAUGCGAACGGCAACGGGCAAUUGUUCGACGAAGCCACAAUUAAUGUGCAUGUCUUAAAUGUAAACGAGCAUCGGCCAGAGUUCAUUAUGCCGGCCCUCGCCAACUCCACGGUCGAAGUACUUGAGAACGCAGCAACGGAAAACUACUUAGUAAUGACCGUGAAAGCCGUUGAUAAGGAUCAAAACGAAAAUGGUAGACUCACUUAUCAUUUCAAAGUCGACGAAGAAAACGUUCAAGAGACUGAAGAGUUUAGUAUCGAUCCCAAGAGUGGGGAACUAAAAACUAGGAAGAGCCUUGACAGGGAGUUUAAACCAAAUUACCAAUUGGUGUUGGUAGCUAGAGACCACGGCUUUCCUAAAUGGUACGAAACCAUACGGCAUUUGACUGUUCUAUUAGUAGAUGAAAAUGACAACAGACCAGAGUUUCCAGGUUCCAAGUCAACUAAUCCUUAUCACUUUUACGUUGUGGAGAAUAACGAAAAGGAUAUAAUGAUAGCCUUAGACAGGGACGAAGGUAUGCACGCCAAAGUGUACUAUUACCUGAUAUCCGGCAACGAGGACCGCCCCUUUUUCCUUGAUCGGAUCGAUGGAGGCUUGUACGCAAACAAAUCUUUCGACCGAGAAGAGCAAUCAGAAUACAAUCUCCUUAUCAUAGCAACUAACGACCCAAAUUACGUAGUUCCUUCGGAACCAGUAGACCAAGACGAGACCGAUAGGAGCAUAGCGCACGUCGUUGUCACCAUCCUGGACGUCAAUGACAACGCUCCCGUCUUUGAGCAACCGGUCUAUUAUUCUGCCGUUAAUGCAAUGGCUAAUAUUAACGAUUUUGUUGUUAACGUUACUGCUACGGAUCCGGAUUUUGGUGUGAAUGGAUCUAUCACUUAUUAUAUCAAGGCGACCAACUUGUACAAAUUUAACUCCAACCGGAGCUCAGGGUCUAUCAUUCCUUCACCUUUCAAUAUUACCGAACAAGGACAGAUUUGUACUGCGACGUAUCUAGCAGAAAAUAAUCAACAUAGAUUUAUAAUCGACAUCAUUGCUAGAGAGAACGCCUUUCCAGAAAGAGAAGCAUCGACCAGAGUGCACGUUUGGAUCUUCGAGCCAGAGCAGCUGAUUAGAGUAAUUCUAUCGCGACCCAAGGAAGAAGUGAUAAAGGAGAAAGAAGAAAUCUUAGCAGAAUUGAGCAAUGCUACACAAAGUCUGGUCAUUAUCGAUAAAAUUAGAUAUCACAUUGAUGAUAAUGGAGUGAAAAAUGAAGACUGGUCCGAUCUCUACAUUCUUGUAGUAAAUCCAAAAACCCAAACGAUUCUGCCAGUUCCAGACGUCCUAAAAACAAUAGAUUCGAAGUACGACUUUCUAAAAGACUACUAUGCUGGUUUUGCGAUAGAGAACGUUGUUCCAGCUUUUAUUACAGAAAAGGCCGAAACUUUCGACUCGGCUUUAGUGGCUCUGAUAGCUUUACUAGUAGUACUGAUUGUUGGUAUUGUCACUUUCAUUAUAAUAUGUUGUUGUUUACGCCACUGGGUUCUAUCUCCGACGGAUCUCAAGAAGAAGGACGCUUUGAUUAAGAAGGCUAUUAUCGAUGACUUGAAUACUACUGAGAAUCCUCUCUGGAUAGAACAAAAACUGAAAAUUUACGAAGAACAGGAGCUUACGAUGCAAGUAUUCAACGAACCGGAUCCAAAUAUGGCCAACAGAAGAGACAGUGAUGAUUAUGUAAACGAAGACAAUGCCUAUGCAACAAUCCAACAUCCCACCAGGAGAUCAUCAUCACAUUUGGCUCCCAUGAAUGGAGCCGACGACCUGGCAGAUUACGCCACUCUAUCGGGGCAUCCCCAUAAUCGAAAUGGUAGUAAUAAUAGUUCAUUAAGGGGAGGAUCCAAUUAUUACGAAGCAGCUAUGGGUUUCCAAGGUUCCACCUUCCAGGUACCAGAGAGACUUAGCAACGAUUAUACUCCAUAUGGAGUUAAGUUUGAUGGUUCUGAACUAACUAUCAACAAGAGCCAUCACCAGCCGGAUUACGUAGCCGAACUGAUUUAGUUUACUGACUGUUCAUCAUCAACAACGUGACAAUAUUGACUACCAAGCGAAGUGAUAUGUUCGAAUUGGUUUUUAUUAUUUAUAUUUGUGGGUUACUGAUUCUUUUAGAUAAAUGCAUAUGCCAAUAGGACAAUUUUGAUUAUUUAUAGUAUUAAGUAGUAGUAACCAAACAUUUGAGAAAUACUCGUACGUACAGAUAAUGUGAACUAAAAACUUUAACAACAUACUUUGUAUAUUGUUAAUGUUCAUUUGUCAAUAUUCCAUAUACAAAUUUUAGCUAUUUUACAGAUACUUUACAAAUUUAUUUUUAUAGGUACUUAAUUCGGUCUUAGUUGUUUUGAACCAAAUCGUUUAGUACACGAACUUGCUAAUAUUUUUUUACCCCUUGAUGUCCAUUUUUGAAUAGAAUUUCACUAUUUGUCUAUACUGCGUUUCAAUAAUUAAAAUCAGUGUGAUUGUAUAUUACAAGCGGGUUUGCCAUAUUUCGCUCAUUCUGUGAAUUUUAAUAAAUAAAUCCUCCUUUUACUUUCAUUUGCUUCUUUUUCUUAGCGGUCAUCAAACAAUUAAUAAUUUUCUGACGGUACUACGGUACAUACCUACUGAAUAAUGGACAGCAGGAGUGUGACGUCACGGCGGUCAUAUUGUUGCUUUUACUUUCAAAACAAAAGUUGAAAUGCCAAAUCUCAAGACUUUUUAAUUUCUAUAAAGUUAACAUUUUGCUUCCUCUGCUGCUUUUCUUUUAAGUGUAGUGUUUUUUUACGAUAAUACCAUCACAAUUCAGUGUUCUGUUUAUAUUAAAUAUAGUUUAAAAGUAUAAAUUAAAGAAAUUCUAACCUUACUUUAUUGAUGCAUGCACUUUAUUGCUAUUUUUAUAAAAUAACAUGCUUUAUUUUUACACAAUCUUGUAAAAUUGUUGUAGUAACUAUUAGAAUACUUAAAUAUUGCAAAAAGCGGAAAGAUUCUGUAAAAAAAAUGAAAAAGUAACGAAAAAUACAAAUUAUCCACACUAAACAACGUUUGUCUGGAAAGUGAAACUGACAGAUGUCAAUAAAAUCUACGUCAUCACUCCGGCGGUCCAUUAUUUAUUCUUUCAAUUCACUCGUAAACGGUCAAAAAAAAAAUAUGUUAAUAAAAAACAUUUAUAGUGUUAAAGUUUCAGACUAUUUUAUGUUAGGCCAUUUUGAAAACAAUAAUUCAAGAUGUAAAAAUUUUUAAUAAACCCCUUGCCAGGUUGAAUUGUUGUUUUGAAAAUUGACUAAUAAUAAAAUAGUCCAAAACGUCAACACAAGUUGUUUGUUGCAUUUGCUUUAUAAUAUAAUGGAAAAAUAGGAACUAUUUUUAAUGAAUAAAAAUAAAGAGUAAAUAAGAUAUUUUUUAAUUAAACAUAAAACUUACGUUACUAUUCAUCAGCUUCAUCCGUGUUACUACAAAUAAGAUCACUGUCACUGUCCGUCCUAUACUCGGUUCGCUAUUCCCAGUCCGAACUGUCUAGUGAAUUUAGUAAUUAUUUUUUUGCGAAGUUAGUUACGUUUUGACAUGGUUUUGACAGACUAAAAGUGGCUGGAAAAUAUAUUACAACAAGCACACGUACACGUAGCCAAUAUUAAUAAUAAACCAAACUAAAUAUGUAAAAUAAAAUAGAACUUUGCGAAUUACCGACAAUCAAUAUUUAUUUAUCUGCACCAUAUAAUAAACAGUUAUCUUAAAUUAUAACACCUAAAAUAUAUUUUUUAAAUAUAUACUACCCAAAAUUUGAUGGGUUUAGUAUGCACUUCCACUAUUUAGAAUAAUUCUUCUUUUUUUCAAAGAAUAAAGAAGUCUGCAAUAGUAGUAUACUUGAGCUAUUAAUACUGAGAAGUAGGAAUUAUUGUGUUGUAGGUUUCCGACAAUGAAUCUGUCAAAAUUUACCCGAGUUUUGUACCAAUUGUGUCACUUUUUAGACUAUUAUAGUUUAAUAUUUAAUUAAAACUUUCUCGUCUGAAAAAUAUUUUAUAGCUAUUUGUUAAUAAGUGUUGGAAAAUUUAAAUUUAGCGCCUUUGCAUUUUCCGGAUAUGUCCGCCAUCAGAGGCCACUUUUUUGGUCUCCUUUUCAUAACGAUUAGAUUCCCUCUUGUAUCUUUUUGCUCGAUGGUCUCGACACAUGUCUGUUGCUUCUCCUAUUACGUGUUUUAUUUAAUUUUUACAUUUUACUUGGGUAACUUGUGAGUAUGCUUCCGUAAUUAAAUUCCUAACUGCUUCUUCUUUAAAAGUUUUGGUGUGUUCGGCGAUAUAUCUUUUCACUUCGCUUCAUACAAACUCUAUGGGGUUGAGCUCACAGUGUAGGCCGGAAGGCGGAGAAUUUUUAAAUUGUGUUGUGUUAAUAUCUUCAAUUAUAUAUGUCGAUCGUAAUUUGCCUUAUAGUUGUUGACAACUUCCAACAGUUCAGCUUUACUUAAAUAGUUUCUCUUAAAUAGUUUUCUUCAAAAAAUAUAUCUUUCAAUUGAAGCUAUGUUUUUAUUUCUUCAUUAUUAGAAUCAGUUUUAGCAUCUUUCAUUCAUCAUCUAUCAUCAUCCAUCAUCCAUUACCACAACUGUUAUGGGUUGUUGGUAGCUGUUGUUUACUGGCAAAUUAGGUUACGUUUGAAACCAUUUAUUCAUGGCAAUCUUGGGUGUUUUUCUUUGCAAGAAAAGUCAGUUCUGCUCUAUUAACAAAGGCACUUUCACAUCCUACAUGUAAGAGGACAAAAUGAGGACCACGAACUGCAGGAGCUAUUAAGCCUGUAAUCAGGCCAUGAACAAAUGCAUCUCUAUGCGAUUUAAUGGACGUGUCUACCCAUUCUUUUAAUACGUUGUGACCUACGUUUACCAUUGCUCAUCUAAAUAGACGAUAUUGUAGCUUCUUUGCGGUAUCGACGAAUGAAUCGUAGGUAACGACGGUACAAAUGAUCCCACAGUCGAAGAACAUGCAGAGCGACAGACCGAACAUAAUAAUUUGAGCAGUACGUGUUUGUACAAUCGUUUUUUUCCUAUUCGCAGUUGCUCUCUAAGAUCAAGAAAAUGUUUAAUGAAUAUCUCGAUUCAAGUAGAAUUAUAAAAAAGACAUUAACUUUCUGACAGAGUAUUUCUUGAUUGUCUGUACAGUGGCGACGUUAGAGUAUGAAACUGGAGAAGCACUAUUAUGUUUUUAAAUAAUUUAAAUAGUGCUUGAAAGUUUCUUUUAUGGGUUGAACACUGGUUGGUCCCCUAUUUGGCGUCCUCGCUUUUUAUUUAAUUUUUUACUUAGUUAUUGUAAAUUGCCAUAUCAUAAUCUUUUAUUUUAUUUAUAAUUACUUAUAGAUUUUAUUUAUUUUCAUUUUUUCUAAAAUAAAUAUAACUGUAUACAUUUGUACAUAGAAAAUAAAAAUAUCUUUAUGU